CACCUGCUGGUGCACCUGCGCGGGCACACGGAGGAGCGGCCGUACCGCUGCGCCGAGUGCGGGGCUGGCUUCGCCGAGGCCGCCAAGCUGGCCCAGCACCGGCGCAGCCACACCGAGGAGAGGCCCCACCAGUGCGCGCAGUGCGGGCGGCGCUUCGGCCUGCGCUCCAACCUGACUCGGCACCAGCGGACCCAUUCCGGCGAGAAGCCGCACCGCUGCGGCCAGUGCGGCAGGGCCUUCAGCCGCGGCUCCAACCUGGCCCAGCACCAGCGGACUCACCGCGGCGAGAAGCCGUACCGGUGCGGCCAGUGCGGCAAGGCCUUUGCCGUCAGCACCCACCUCCUCAUCCACCAGCGCUCCCACACCGGGGAGAGGCCCUUCCCCUGCCCUCACUGCGGCAAAGGCUUCACCGUCAGCUCCAACCUCCGGCAGCACCUGCGGAUCCACACCGGGGAGCGCCCGUACCCCUGCACCCAGUGCGGGAAGAGCUUCCGGGCUCGGACUCACCUCCGGGCCCACCAGAAACUCCACGCAUGA